AACCACAACCACCCGAAAAACGUUACUAUGAACGUGACGCUGAACCACAACCACCCGAAAAACGUUACUAUGAACGUGACGCAUCACAACUCUUAAAACGAUACUACGAACGGGACGCAUCACCCUACUACGAACGGGACGCAUCACCCUACUACGAACGUGACCCCUACUACGAACGUGACGCCAACCCCUACUACGAACGUGACGCCUACUACGAACGUGACGCCAACCCCUAUUACGAACGUGACGCCUACUAUGAACGUGACGCCAAACCCUACUAUGAGAAACGAUACUAUGAACGUGAUGCCAGUCCCUACUACGAACGGGAUGCCUAUUAUGAACGUGACGCCAACCCCUAUUAUGAGAAACGAUACUACGAACGUGAUGCCAGCCCUUACUACGAACGUGACGCCUACUAUGAACGUGACGCCAAACCCUACUACGAGAAACGAUACUACGAACGUGAUGCCUAUUAUGAACGUGACGCCAGCCCCUACUACGAACGUGAUGCCUAUUAUGAACGUGAUGCCAGCCCCUACUACGAACGUGAUGCCUAUUAUGAACGUGACGCCAGCCCCUACUACGAACGUGAUGCUUAUUAUGAACGUGAUGCCAGCCCCUACUACGAACGUGAUGCCUAUUAUGAACGUGACGCCAGUACCUACUAA